AUGAACAAAAUUAAUCGGGCACGACUUUUUUUUCCCCUUUGCUAUUUGCUAACGCCUUCUUCGUUCUCUCUCUCUGCUGCGAUCCCUUCCACUGGCGGUAGCUUCCUCCCUGUCCGGCAGCCGGCAAUAACUUCCUCUCUGUCCGGCGACCGGCAUUGGCUGCGAUCAUCUCUUCCGGUGGCAUCCAGGCAUUCGAUGAUGAUGAUAUCAUUGAAAGCAUUAAAGAAAAUCAAGAUAUUGGUGGAAAUGGAAGUGAAACGCAACUUUGACAAUAGAGUUCUGAUGUGGGGCAGCGGAUGGCAUACAAGCCUAUUCGAUUAUCGGAGAUGAGAACAGAAUGCUUCAGGUGCAGGUACAGUUGCAAGGAGCUUUGGCCUCAGGUGCAAGGUUGAGAGAAUAAAUUUGUAACGUUUAGUUUAUGAUCAAUGAAAGGAAUUUUGUAAAAUAUACUUUUUUAUGACAUAAAUAAUUUGUUCAUAACA